AUGUCUCUACCCCCUAGUGUUGCCGCGUCCCUCGAGGCCACAAAAGUCGACUACGGCCUGCUUGGAAACAGUGGGCUUCGUGUCUCUGUCCCUUCGUUGGAUGUACGAGCGCUGCUUAUGAUUGCGGUGUUAACGAUGUGGGACACGGCCAAUGUGUAUUCCAACGGAGACUCUGAGCGCGUUAUUGCGCAGGCAAUUAAGGAGUAUAAUAUUCCACGACACAAGCUGGUGCUCAUGACCAAGGCGUGGAGCUGUGUAGGUGAAGAGCAGUUCCAUGCGUAUCCGAUCUUAGAUGCAUUGAGGAAGAUCCGACUACGAACACUACCGGGAGUCGAAGAUCCCAAGUCCUACCCAACAAGAGGUCAGGUAGUAUUGGUACGAGCGCCGAUUGUACGCCUGAAUAUCAUGCGUCAUGGAAAGGACUACGAGACGUAUGCUAUUCCUCGACCGGGUUCGAACGGGAAUGUGAUUCUAGGUGAGUUUAUGCAGAAGGAGAAUGGAGACGGCUCCACGCACUCUCACGACAAUGAGUCGAUCCUCAAGCACACAGAGGAAUUAAGUUCUGAGUUGCGGAGAGUGCUGUAUGAGCAACUUGGUGUUGUAGGCCUUCAACCAUCUCGCGAAGGAGGUGCACUUAUCAGUCGAGAUGAUGUAGUCGAUGUCGUUUCCGGCCAGCAGCGGGUCAUUGUACAUAACUAUGGAGCUUGUGGAACUGGGUUCCAGGCAGGAUAUUGGAUGGCAACAGAGGCUAUUGAUACUUUGGAGGAUCUGCUGAAGACCCCUUGUGCACAGCCGCUUGAAAAGAUCCGAGCAAAUCUAUAG